UCAUAACGGGUAACUACUGAAGGAAAAAACACCAUGUCACAAAAUGGCACAUUUUUGCCGUAAAACUAAUCAAGCAACCAGCAAAUUUCUCUCUUUCCAGCUUUUCCGAGGACUUAAGCCCACAACCAUCAGCUUGGGCUUAAUUACUAAGCCACAUAAUCCCAUAGCGUCAGCUAGUUAAUAAAUACUUAAUCACCUACGUUUACGUUGGUAACUAGUCAGUCAACUUGUCAGUCAUGACAAACAGAUUUAUACGACUUAAUGGCAAAUUAUUAAACAAGUUAAGCUAAAGAUAUUGUAGUCUUAAAACAAUUAAGUAUGCCAAAUUUAUUGCCAGUUUUGUUUGAAUAAUUUUAUGCUAAAACCUUCACUCCGUGACCAUUGUACUUUGCGAUGCAUAUUUUGUGCCGCUGUUCAAUAUCAGGUUUUUCGAAGCAUCAAGUGAAAGUGAUUAAGUAAAGAGAGUAAAUAUGACCAGCACAAAACAACAACGUUCACUUAAUUCGGCAACCCGAAUUCGAAAUACAGUUAUUUUUUAUUGUAAUAAUAUUCAUCCAAAAUGUCUGAGGACUGAUCUUACAGGUAAACGUAUUCCCUGAUUAACUUUAUACAAAAUUAUUUAUUAUAUAUCAAUAUACAUAUAUUCGUAUUUGAAAAGUAAUUCGCGUAUUGCACACUUGCAAUAGUCCUUAAAUUGUUUUAGUAAGUGUAUAAAAAAGUUCGUUUUUAACAUGUUAGACGAACACUCGAGAGUUGAGCAAGAAAAACGGCUGAGGAUUGAAAACACAGCAAAAGAGUUACAACACUUGCUCAGUGCUGGUUGGUUUUUUUUUGAUAUCCCGAAGUUUGAUUAGUUUGCAUAGCAUACAAAGUAAAGCCACAGUGCCCUUAAGAUAUUGAACAGCUUUAUCAACAAACACUUUAUUAUCUUCGGAGCCCCAAUUGUUUGGGUCAUAAGCCGUAUGACGAAGAAAAUGGAUGAAAUGGAAACUAAAAACAUUUUGGAUGAGAAAGAGGAAUCAAAUAUACAGAAGUUUUUUGAUGGAUCGAAUAUAUUAAUAACGGGAGGAACUGGAUUUUUAGGAAAGAUUUUAAUAAACAAAUUGCUUACGUCCUGCCCAGGCAUAAACAUAAUAUAUUUGCUUGUGCGUAGUAAAAAGAACAAAAGUGUAGAUACCCGUGUGGAUGAAAUAUUUGAUGACCCGGUUUUUGAAAUACUCAAAAGAAGUUCUACAAAGUAUAGUUUUCACAUCAAAGGCAUUGCCGGCGACUGCCUGAAACCUGCCUUGGGAUUAAGUAUCUAUGAUCGGAAAAUGUUAGUAGAGAGUGUCAACAUUGUGUUUCACAUGGCUGCAACCGUGCGGUUUGAUGAAAAACUUAAAACAGCUAUUAAAAUAAAUGUUCAUGGGGCAUAUGAUAUAAUGACGCUGUGCAAGGAGAUGAAAUCUCUGAAAAGUGUUGUUCAUGUAUCAACGGCUUAUACACACUGCCCUCAAAAAACAAUUUUAGAGAAGUUAUAUCCAAUCCAAAAUGAUGCUAAAAGCCUAAUGUUAAUGGCUGAGUGCAUGCCCGAUAAGCUGUUGGACCACAUAACACCCAUUUUAUUGGGAAAGUGGCCAAAUACGUACACUUUUACUAAAGCUGUAGCUGAGGAUGUCAUUAGAACUUGCAGCGAGCAAAUUCCUGUUGGUGUAUUUCGUCCUGGCAUUGUGAUUUCAACCUACCAGGAUCCAGUUUGCGGGUGGAUAGACAACUUUUAUGGUCCAACUGGAGUAAUAGCUGGCGCUGGCACUGGGCUGCUGCGGACUUUACGCUGUAACCCAAAAGCAGUUGCAAAUAUGGUUCCAGUCGACUUAUGCGUGAACAGCAUGAUAGCUGCUUCCUGGGAUAUAUAUGAGAGACACAAUUGCCGUUCUACAAAGUCAUCCGGCAGUAUACCCGUUUACAACUUUUGUACAACCAGCGAAAAUCAGCUAACCUGGGGCGAAUUCACAGCCAAAACCACAAAGUACGGACUAAUGUAUCCAACUCUGACAGCGAUUUGGUAUCUAUGCUAUUCAAAUACAACUAACCGGGUAGCCCAUAUGAUAUCAAUUUGUUUUCUGCAUUACUUGCCUGCACUUCUCAUCGAUAUUCUAUGUUUGUGCCUUGGAAAGAAACCACGGCUACUUAAUACGUAUAAAAAGAUACACAAGUUCAUGAAUGUAAUUGCUUACUUUUCAAUGCGGGACUGGGACUUUCGUAUUGAUAAUGUUGAAGACCUUUGGAACCGUAUGACAAAUAUUGAUAAGCAAAUAUUUUUCUUUGAUAUGAAGCAGUUAGAUUGGGAUUUUUUUCUUCAACAAUAUUUUCGUGGAAUCCGAAGGUAUUUAUUAAAGGACCCAUUGGAAACCAUUCCAAAAGCAUUGAUUAAAUGGAAUCGCUUGUACUGGCAGCAUCAAUGUCUUAAAGCUAUAAUUUAUGUUAUAAUCUUUUAUAUAUUUUGGUUUUUUUUGAAAUGUCUAUUUGGCGUUCUUUUAGCUUAGAUUCUCUGUCUACAAACAAAAUUUUUUGUUUUUCAUUUUUAUCAAUUACUUAAUCCAAGCUGGAUCGAAGAUGUCUGGAUGUCGGAUUCAACAACAACACGGUUGUUAAAAUAUCUAUUAAGUUUUAUAAGCGUAUGUUUUUAAAAGGAUUUUAAAUGGGAAUAAAUUGGAAUAUUCGUA